GCGAAGAUACCUGCAUUGAAAAUAACAGCACGCUGAGUGUACAUUUACUGAACGGUGAAGAGGCCCCUGGUGAUAGCGCGGAAAUCCGUCUUGGCGCGGUGAGGACUGGCGCGUCGACACUCCGAGCUCAUCAACUUUCUUUAACCUCACUCAAACCGCGCAAUCACCUCCGCCACCCCAAGACGACGGCGCGCGAAGACACGGCAUCAUGAGCUCCGGGCGCCCUGUUGUCCACCAGGACUACAUUGCAAAAAUCCGAUAUUCGAAUGCGCUGCCUCCUCCACCCUGUCCGCCAAAGCUGCUGGACAUCCCCAACACUGGUCUUUCGAGCGGUCAAUACACAUCAGCUGGUUUUGCGUCAAGACUGGCGCGAGAGCAGUCGCUGAACAUUGAGGCUGAUGCUGAGCUGGGAAUGCCCAUCGACCUGGUCGGUAUCCCCAAGGUAUUCGAUGGAGAUGAGUCUGCUAUCCAGGCGAUGCCUCACCCGCCGCCGCUCAGCACAGCAGAUAGAGCGCUGAUGCGACCGCCGAAUCAGCUUGGCAAGACGCAGACUAAUGCUUCUGGCGCGACCUUCCUGCGACGAACCGAAUAUGUCACUUCAAGCACAACCGGCGGCUCCAAGUUCGAGUCUAGUAACUCGUCCAAUACGAUGCGCCUGCGGAGGAAGCGAAAGCAGGUAGAAACCUCAUUAGACGACCCUACCAACAUCGCGAGACACAUCCUGAAGAGCUUCAACAUCGCGUACCCAGCAGAUGCCUACAACGGCCAGGACGGCGCCGAGAACAUCAGGGCAGCAGAAUCAACGCCCGAAGAGCGACUGGCAUGGAACAAGCCCAAGAACCCCCGGAACCCCAACCUGACACUCGUGGACUCCUACCCACUCCUCCCAGACUGGGACGCCAUGCCCGACACCGGCGGCUACAUGGUCUUCAAGUUCACCGCACCCCCCAUCAACAACCCGCUCGACCCAUCCUACGACCCGCGUCUCGACGUCGCCCUCCUGCGUCCCGCAGGUCAAACAAUCCAAGAUCAAGAAAAGUACAUGGAAGACCGCGAAGCGCACCGCCUGGACCCCACCGUCCCACCCCCGAUCCCCCGCUGGCAAUUCGAAUACUUCCUCCCCUCCGACAGGACCAAGGUCCGCGGCAUCAAACGCAACUUCACCACGCACGACCCCACCAACGAAGCAGACAUCGACUUCGACAUCGCCGAAGACGACGAAGGCCAGCCGCGCAAAUGCUUCAAAUACGAUAACGUGCGUACGUACGAGACGAGCCAGCAAGUCGGUGACCCCAGCGAUACCUACGGCGAUGUUGUUGCGCUUGCGCUGCAUGAUCCUGAGAAACAUGCGAAUGAGCCGCUGCGUGACAGUAAGAUGCAGCGGGCGGCGUACUUUUACCCGAUUACGCAGAGGACUCAGUUGAGGCCUAGGAGGCCGGGUAGGAUUGAUAUGACGGAGGAACAGCCGAAGGUUGAUAUUAUUGAGGCGGCUGGUAAGGAGCCGGAGAGUUUGGAGAGAAGGGAGGGGUAUAGGAAGAGGGCUGAGGGUGUUGAGUAGGUUGGGUGAUGUGAGUUUGGGAUGAGAGGAUAAGUUGAGGUUGAACUGGAUUGAUAUUGGUAUUUAUCAUCAGCGUUGGCGUUAAUUGAGGUACAGAGAUGUAACAACAGAUAUCGUGGAUCGUGGCAUAUAAGGAAAGCUACUCCAGCACCAGCUCUUUCAUGGUGUUAAAUGCAUGAGCAGGUGU